UAGUGAUGAGUAUAUAAAGCUCAGCUCUGAACAAUUAAAAUAAACUAAGAAAACCCAUGGAGACUCCUUCAUAUGAUAUCAAGAACAAAGGAGAUGAUGUGCAAGAAAAACCAAAGGUGCAACAUGAGGAGGGAGGAGAUGAAAAGGGGAACAUAAUUGAAAAAGAGACUCUAUCCCAAGAUAUCAAGAACAAAGAUAUCAACUCUUCAUAUGUCUUAAGUAGAGAUGAUGCACAAGAAAAUCCAAAGGUGGAAUAUGAGGAGGGAAGAAAUGAAAAAGAGACAAUAGUUGAAAAAGAGACUCUAUCCCAAUAUAGCAUCACGAUAGAAGGAGAUGAUGCACAAGAAAAACUAAAGGUGGAAUAUGAGGAGGAAGAAUAUAAAAAAGAGAAAAUAGUUGAAACUGAGACUCCAUCCCAAGAUAUUAGCAACAAAGGAGAUGAUGCACAAGAAAAACCAAAGGUGGAACAUGAGGAGGAAGGAGAUGAAAAAGAGACUCCAUCCCAAGAUAUCAUCAAUAUAGGAGUAGAUGAUGCACAAGAAACCUCAAAGGUGGUGUAUGAGGAGGAAAGAGAGGAGGAAAAGAAGAAAAUUGUAAUACGAGUAGAUCUUGCGGUCCGUUCAACACCUCCAUCAAAGCAUGAUCCUCCCAGAAUGCAAACAGACAAUAAUAAACUCUAGAACUCCCCAUUUAAUAUAUAUGUAUGAUCUAUCUAAAAUAUGAUAAAUAAAAAGAAUUAUAAUUUAGAGCGAUAAGUUAAAAUUCUGAAUUCGUCUCCGAGACGAAGUAAGUUAAGAAUGUUAUUAGUCUUUCUAGUGUAUUUUCAAGUGAAAUUUGGUUAUUGUACUUUGAGAAGCUUAUUGGAUUGUUAUGUAUUUGUUGCUUUACGAAGCAAGUUAAGAAUGUUAUUAGAAAGAUAUUUGUCUUUGUAGUGUAUUUUCAAGUGUAAUUUGGUUAUUGUACUUUGAGAAGCUUAUUGGAUUGUUAUG